AAAGACCCUCAAGCUGAUGCCAAAUAAAACUUUGUGGCUUUGCGUGGCAUUUAUAACUUUACCAGCAAAGCGCCACACGCAAAAGGUCUGCCACAAUGAACGCCAAGAAAACAAUUUUGUUCUGCUUUUUUUUACUCGUCAAAAUUGCUGUGGAUUUAUUAGGUUUUAUGUUUCUACAUGAAAGCUCGAAUUUGGACGAAACAAAAUAACCGGCUGAUAAUCAAAACGCGCAAAAUAAUGGGAGUUUGCCAUCUGUUCGCUUCGCGCUGCAGCUUUAACGAUCCAUGUGACAUGCCUUGUGCAUUUUCAUACAAUUCAUCUUAUCUGUCAAAGCGAAUCUGCUACGCAAAGCGAAACAAACGUUUUAUGUAUGUGGCAUCAGCUUCAAUGUACUGGAACUGACAGUUUUCAAAAAACAUCGAUACAUCUACAAUUAAUACAUCGUGUGGAAAAGUUUUGAUUUAUCGAAACAAAACAUCGAUAUUUUCGAUGAAUCAAUGAUUUUCCGACGUCCCCAGCUGUUUUUUCUUGAAAAAAUACGCAGAAAAAGUUAAACAAAUUUAUAAAAUUUGUGUAAACAAACAUAGUAUGCAGGUAUGGACGCAGUAAGUGAAUUGCAUUUCGAUUUCCUUUGUAGAGCUUGCAUGCAUGAAGUGGCUGAUGCGGCCGCAGUUACCUCUACAGUUGAACUAACUGCCGAGCAACCUGAGCAACAGUGGAAACCCAUCUUUGAUAUAGUCGCAGACUGCGGAAACAUGCGCAUAAUUGAAUUACUAGCUAGCACUACCCCGUGUCUGGAAGUCAACCUCAGUGACGAAUUACCAAACAAAAUGUGCCGAGGAUGUUUGGAGCAAUUAGUGAGCGUCUAUCGUUUCCAGCAGAUGUGCAUGCAAUCAGAUCAGGAAAUGCGCAAAGUACUAGCUAAAAAAUAUCCAGAUGUAAAACUGAUAACAGAGGAUAAAGUGAUGACGACAGAGGUUUCAAUGAUAGAAGCAAUUGUAGAAGUCAGAGAUGAUGAAAUUGGGAGUGAGCCUGUAACUACUGCACCUGAUGAGCCACUUACGGGCGCUAAUGACCCGCUACAAAGCAUUUGCGAAUCACGGACAACUUGUAAAGACGAUACUCCAAGCCGUGUUUGUGAAUACCUCAAAAUGGAGCUAAGUGAUGAAGAUAUAUGCACUGAUCACUAUAGUACACACGAAACAAUGCUAGAUUUGAAGUCUGUAACUGGAGACCUACGUACGAAAAUCGAAACGGGGCCACGAGCAGCAGUCCAAGACAAGUCAACAACGAGUGUGGAGGGUUCAAGCAAGGAAGAUUUAGACGGAGAUCGGACAGGCGAUAAGCCUAAACUGAGAGCAAGAAAAGGCAGAAACCUUUUAAAGACUGAUGUGAAAGUUAAAGUUAAUUUGAACAAAUCUAGAAAAGUUCGGUGUGAACAAGCAAAAGAAGCGUCAUCCACACAUACCUGUAACCUGUGUAAUAAAACGUUUUCAUCCCGCCGAUUUCUACAAAGACACCUAAAAAGGCAUAUAAAAUGGGAGGAGCGAAAAAAAUUGCCCCCUCAGCCAAUGAAUACUGACCAGCAUUAUCAACUUGCAUGUGAUAUUUGCAACCGGAGAUUCAACAAACCUGAAGGAUUAUACAAACAUAGGCUGACACAUGAUGAGAAAGCUGAAGCAGAGGGAAAAAAUCCCAGUUAUUCAUGUGACUUGUGUGAAAAGCAAUACCUUUCACAGCGUACUCUGACGAGACAUAAACGACAACGGCAUUUUGAAAAAACCCCACAGACGGACAUAAAGCUGUAUGUUUGCGAAUUUUGCAAUAAAAGCUUUCAACAAUCUGGCACUUUAAAGGAUCACUUACGCACACAUACCGGAGAGCAGCCGUUCUUGUGUUCGGAGUGUGGGAAAGCAUUUAACAGUUCAAGCAAUAUGAAACAGCAUCUCUUACGGCACACUGGUGUUAAACGGUAUGAAUGUCCUGACUGUCCCAAGAAAUUUCCAUGUCUCAGCGACUUGGCUUCACACAAAGCCGUGCAUCUUCAGAUAAAGCGAAAUAUUUGUGAUAUUUGUGGUGCUGCAUUUGGUAAACCGUAUCAGUUAAAGAAACAUAAAAUGUAUCAUAAUGGCGAUAAACCAUACAAAUGUGAAUACUGCGAGAAGUGCUUCGUUUGUAUGGAUCAUCAACGGCGUCAUAUGCGUACUCAUACCGGCGAAAAGCCCUACAAAUGCAAUUACUGUGAACGCGCUUUUGCCCAAAGUAACGAUCUAAUCAAACAUUUGCGAAAUCACCUCGGUGAAAAUGUUUAUAAAUGUGAGUUGUGUCCGAGCGCUUUCCGACUGGCUACUGAGCUGCGCGUACACUUUGCUUUACAUAAGAAUGAUAAUGAAGAGACGCGUACGCGAAAUAUGCUCGCACUCAGAGAAGAUGAGGCAAGAUUGCGAUUAAAUUUAACAACAAAACAAGGACUGCUGCCUAAAAUGGCUUCGCGGGCCAAUAUCAAGGUGAAACCAGGACUUGUUCUUGAUUAAGCUUAUGGCUUGUCGGAAUAGAUUUCCAAUCCAUAUUUCAAACAAUCUUAAAGUGUCUGUAACGCGCAUUUCGGUGAGGGGUAGAGCGAAUGAAGUCGUCUGUUAGUUUCAAUCGGAAGGCGAGUGGAUAACUAGUUCUAAACUAUGAAAAAAACGUUUAUCUAGGGUUCAAAGAUCGCCCAGUCCAUAGGGAUAUCAAUAGAUGUAUUGAAUAAAUCCUAUAAUAUAUUUUAGUUACUGCUAUGACAAUUAUAAAGAUACCAAUUAAUUUUGCAGACGUUGCGCAAGAUAUUGCAUGGAAGACUAUGCAAAAACAUAUGCUAGUUUCCUAAGCAAAGGGAUUCUAAUUUAACAAAGCUGAUAAUGUAAAAAAAAACGUACACAUAUGUAUGUAAAUACGUAAAUAUGUAUGUAUGUGUAGUGUUUAUUUGUGACAUUUUUAUAAAACAACUUAAAUGGUAUUAGAAUGUUCGACUUUGGACUAAAAUAUGUCGCCCUUAAAAAGUUGCAUCUCUUAUUAGGGCAUCUUAAACCCCGCUUAUGGCUAUCUAAUCGUUAAAACAUUGUUUGGGAACCGAAUGAAAUAUUGCUUUAAACACAAAAUGGCCAACUUAUCUGGAGAAGUUGUUUUAUUAAAACACUACAGUAUACGCGAUUUUAUCUUAAGCGACAAAAAGUAAAUUUUAUACGACAGUUUUUUUUAACUCUCCCUUAAACAGUGCAACAAUUUUUAUGGAUUUUAUUGUUUAAAGGUAAAAUGGCGCUUACGAUAUUUUUCCUGAACAUGCUGAGAGGUAAGUUAUAAAAAAAUUGGCGCUUGCGAUAGCUUUUAUGUUGUAUAAUCGGUACUUUAAGGAUAGUUUGAAAAACUUAAUUUUAAGUCAAUUAAAUAUAAACACUGCCAAUCCGCAGAAUAAGCUGAACAUAUUUAAAGCUAAAUGUCUAAAAUGAUGAGGUAAAGAAGCUGAUUUUGAAGCAUUCAGUUGUUGCAUCUGCCGAUGGAACUUCGGUU